AUGUCAAGGAAAAGAAAAUAUGUUGUGUACCGCGAUGAAUCCGACUCAGACGACCAUGCGACAACAGCCUAUGCCAGGAUGAUAGCAGUGUCAGCCGGUGGCCACAGGCAAAUCAUCAUACCUUGCUCCCCAACAAAAUUCAAGGCAGGUGAUGGGCUGGAAGACCAACUUGAGCCCCUGCAAAUGGACAAUUGGGAGCCAACCCUUGGCGAUGACUUUGUAUUCGACGAUGAGAUUGAGCCCCAACCCAUCAUGGUGGUCAAGGUACCAGCAAAACACUAUGCAAACUCGGAUGCACCUUUGCAUGAAUGGAUGGGCAUUGUAGAGACUCGUGUGUCUCAUGGUCUGAUAUGA